CAAUUUAGUUCUUCCGGUUGGAGAUAACGAACGGCGCAUCGCUUCCAGGCAGAUCAGACUAGACCGUUCCACAAGACCACUGCAGAAUGACACAGGAAACGUCGAAACUGAAGGUUUUCAGGGAAGCUGAAGUUAGAAACAACAAGGAUAAAUCGACCCUCCUCAUCAUACAUGAUAACGUUUACGAUGUGACGAAAUUUCUGGAAGAGCACCCUGGUGGUGAAGAGGUUCUGCUAGAACAAGCUGGAAAAGAUGCUACGGAAUCAUUUGAAGAUGUCGGCCACUCAACUGAUGCCAGAGAGCUGAUGAGCGAGUACUUGAUUGGAGAACUCCAUGAGAGUGACAAGAAGGGGUCGACAAUAAAGACAAAUACAUCAAUAAAUGCACCAGAUUCGGAUUCAGGAAGUGGCUGGACGGGCUGGUUACUUCCCCUCGGUGUGGCGCUGGCUGCUGCUUUCCUGUAUCGCUACUUCAUGUCACAAUCUAGUUGAAUUCUUCCACAUUUUCCUUCCGACAUGCUGGACCAAAUGUUGUUGUGACUGAUCUCGACUAUAUAUUGCUUUGUGUGUGGCCUACAGGCUCCAAUGGAACUCAUCCCGAGACAAACUUAUUUAUGUAAUCAGAAUACAACUGUCAUCUGUCUGUCAACGCACCAAUGGAUUUCCUUUAUUGAUUAAUGUUUUACAAAAACAUCACGUUUAAAUUACUGCAUUGUUAAUUGUUUAUAAUCAGUAAAACAAUUUUUUUCAGAUCAGAAACAUUUUUUGAAAGUUAGGUUUCUGAUGUUAAUAUUCAGUAUCAUGCUUUUAGGUGUAUGAUUUCCAAUCAAUAUGUGUAUUGGACUUGAGACAAAAAAUGUAUUGUAUUAAGUAGUUGAAUAUUUUAUUAAAAACUCAGAAGUUCAGCUCCUGCCACAAAGUG